AUGGCCGCUUCCCAUAUGCUGCCCCCGAGCGGCAAUCAGCUCGACUUCCUCUUCUACGCCGAUCAGCUGCUGAACACCUUCGCCACGACGAAGAACAGCAACGGCGACGUGGUGCUGAGUGGCAAGACUCGCGACCUGAUGGAAUUCCUCCCUAAUGACACGGAGAGCCUUCCUGGCGUUCCAGCUUCGUUCCCCCAUUCCGACUUCCUGCCUCCUGCUCAUUCCCUCCCAUUCAGCGCUUCCCAAUUCAUGUCCAACUACGGCCAUUCGGACGCCCAAUCAGAGGACAUGUGGGGUCUCUCCUCGGCCCACCACCCCUCCAAGACCUCCCAGCACACUUCGUCGCAGCUCCCUUACCAGGGCUACUCGAGUACUCAGCAUCGCCACCAGCUGCCCGCGAUCGUCAAGCAGCAGGAGUGGAGGCUGUGCGUCAAGGCGCCUACUCUGGGAACCUUCUACCUCUUCACCGAUCCUGAGAAGACGGUGGCCGAGAUGAUUCCCGACAUCGAGUCCAAGAUCCUGGAGCUCUACCAUGUCUUCGUCAGCGUUCACCUGCUCCAGAACGACCACGGCAUCGACCUUCCGUUCUCCUGCACCAUCUCGUCGGUUCUCGAGGAUCGCGCCCUCAUCUGCGUUCAGUACAUGCGCGCCGCCGACGCUACGGCUGGAUCAACGCUUGGUGGUUGUCAUCAGCAGCAGCAAAACUACCACCAGCACUCGCUCUCCAGCCACUCGGCGACCGAGGAGGCCUCUCCCUCGGCCAGGUCGCCUCACAGCAGCCCGCACUCGUCCCACACCCACUCGCCCGCCUCGGUCGCUUCCCCUUGCUCGCCCGCGUCUUCCGCCCAGUCCGCCCCGCACUCGCCCUUCCUUCAUGGCAACUCGCCGCAACAUUCGUCGACGGGCAGCGCACCCACAAGCCCCAGCUCGCCUAGUGAGAGUCAGCCGGACACAGGCAUGCGGUUCAGGGAGCCGCCGCCGUCCAAGGUGCUGCAGAACAAGGAGUUCAGCUUCACUGUCUCUGUCAAGAACUUGAAGAACAUCUUCACCGCGUUCAACAAUCCGCUCGCCUACGCCGGUCACCAGGUGGGCAAUGACGCCGACUCGGGCGCCUACUGCGCUCCCGCCGCGUCCACCACACGCAACCCGUGGGGCGCCCCCGUUCCGAUGCCCAUGGAUGACGGCGAAGAGGAGGGCGGUAGCAGCUUCAGCAACUUCGAGAUCCCCAUCGACGUCGUGGUCGAGGAGGAGGGCGGCGGCAUUCUUCACCCUCGCGAUUACAGGAUCAGGUGUUCGGUUCUCGACAAGCAAGAAGGGCUCUACGUCUUCUUCGUCAAGCUGAAAAAGAAUUCGCACUACGGACGCACGCGCUUCAUCAUCAAGAUCAGGAGGAAGCAACCGACGAAGCAAGAGCGCAAUCUCGAGUACCUCGAAACGGCGCUUCUCCACAACAGCAACAAGGACGGACAGCUGAGGCUCGGCAACGACCAAGGCGCGAGAGGGGACCUGCUGGUGUCGCAUCCAAUCGUGGUCAUCUCCAAGGAAAGAAAGACCAAGCGCAAGCGCGGUAAGCCCGAACAAAACUAG